AUGAUAAAUAAAUUAAUUGAUAAACUGUCUGCAUUAUAUGUUUGUGUAUGCGAAUAUGUGUGCAUAGCAGGGUAUGCACCUGCUGCUUUCCUGCUGCUUCUUAUUACAGUUGACUAUGGUUAUGUAUGCGCGCUUUUGGGAAAUUUAGUCUAUUUGGGCGUGAUAAUAUUUCAGUUGCAUGACGUGCAAAUUUUCAUGAAGUUUUCUUCGCUUUCCAUACUAGAGAGUCUGAAGAAGAAUCUUGCAGAAAAGGGAUUUGAUGAUAUGACGCCUGUGCAGGAGAGUGUGGUGCCUCUGCUCCUGCGCCAACGGGACGUAGUGGCUGAGGCGGUCACCGGCUCUGGGAAGACACUUGCGUUUCUUGUGCCCCUUCUCCAGAGAGUGCUGGGAAAGAAGCGCCCAAAGAAGGCAGAGGGGCCGCGCGUGCUUGUUGUUGCGCCCACCCGCGAGCUUGCGCAGCAGAUCCACCAGGCUGCGCUGUCCAUCUCUGGCGGCCUUGGAGUGAGCAUGCAGUGCAUCACUGGCGGCGCAGAGGUCGGCGAGAUAGUGGCCCGCCGCGCGCAGGGAGAGAGCAAUGCGGAUGCGUGGCCGGAUGUCAUGAUUGGCUCGCCUGGGAAGAUUUUCGAGCUAAGCAGAGAGGGCGGAAUGCCUCUCCGAGACGUGGAGCUGUUUGUUCUUGACGAGGCCGACAAAAUGCUCUCCUUUGGAUUCCGCAAGGAGGUGUCUGAGAUGCUGCGCAUGCUUCCGCGCGCAAAGCAGACUGCGAUCUUUUCCGCCACGGUAUCUGAGAGCGUGCACGCGCUGGGCCGCCUGGGAAUGCGCAGCCCCCUCUUUGUGUGUGUGAAAAACGCGCUGUGUGUGCCGGACGGGCUGCGCCUGCACGGGCUGUGUGUGCCGCCUGCAGAGAAGAGCGAGGCUCUGAUGCGGGGAAUACGCUCUCUCGGAAAAAAAAUCAUUGUGUUCUUUGCCACGUGUGCGCAGGUGGACUACUUCCACUCGCGGCUGCUGCAGACUGCUGGAAGAGAGGGCAUGCCCACGUGUGUUCUGCGCCUGCACAGAAAGCUGCCGCAGACUGUGCGCGAGCAGACAUACGCAGAGUAUGCAGCUGUUGAGUCAGGAAUUCUGCUGUGCACAGACAUCUCUGCGCGUGGACUGGACUUCCCUGGGGUGACUGCUGUUCUGCACUUUGACCUUCCGCAGGACCCAGUCACGUUUGUGCACCGGAGCGGGAGAACUGCGCGCGGCGGGCACGAGGGCCUGUGUCUGUUCUUCUGGAUGCCCAACGAGAAGGAGUAUGUCGGGUUCAUGCAGGCUCGCGGCGUGCCCAUCAAGCCCCUGCCGGAGGAGCUUUUGUGCGCGCUGUCUCCUGCUCGCCCUGCGCAGGUGCGCGCUCCAUUCGGCGCGCUGCGAAUGCCAAAGGACCCGGAGCUGUGGCUGCCCGAAGAUGUGGAAAACGAGCAGGACGUGGUUGCCUUUGUCUCGUACAUUCGGUCGUACAAGGAGCAUCUGCUGAAGCACGUGCUGAACUACAAAGAGCUUGACUUCGCAGGGCUAACAGACCUGUACUGUCUGAAGCGCCUGCCGCACGUGCCUGAGAUGCGGGGCGUGCACAUUCCGCGGCUACCCGCCCUUCCAAAGAAGAAGGAGUGCGUGCCAUUUGAGGUGGUUGAGGGCACAGGCCCAGAGGGCACCCCCGCAGAGGAUGCGCCAUGCUCUGCUCCUCCAAGAAAGGCCCCCGUUAGAAGAACGCGCCGCGCUAACAUACCCAACAUAUACAAGCGACAGAAGCGAUAG